UAUCGGGGCCCGGGGCGAGGGGGCAGGAUCCUACCUCGGAGAGAGGCCCGGCGCGGAUGGCGGCGGCGGCGGCGGCGGCAGCGUGGAGGCGAGGAGGGGCGGCGCGGGGGCGGCUGCUGCCGCUGCUGCUGCGUGGAGCCUGGCGCGGCCCCGCCGCACAGCGAGCCUUUGCGGCGGCCCGAGCGCCCGGCGGGGAGGUGGGCGAGGCGGCGGCGGCGGCGGCGGCGGCAGGCGAGGAGCCCGGCGGCCCCACCGUCUUCAGCAGGAUCGCGGAGGGCGCCCUCCCGGCAGACAUCCUCUACCAGGACGAGCAGUGCGUGGCCUUCCGAGACGUGGCCCCCCAGGCUCCGGUGCACUUCCUUGUGAUCCCGAGGCGCCCCAUCUCCCGCAUCAGUCGCGUGGCAGAGAGUGACGCCCAGCUCCUCGGGCACUUGCUGGUGGUAGCAAGUCAGACCGCGAAGGCGCAGGGCCUCUCGGAGGGCUACCGGGUGGUGGUCAACGACGGGCGGCAAGGGGCGCAGUCUGUCUACCACCUCCACCUGCACGUGCUGGGGGGGCGCCAGAUGGGCUGGCCGCCCGGCUGACCCCAGGGAGCGGGGCUCGGGCACCCAGGAGCAAUAAACCUCUGCGCUGGGA